UAUAGUUAAAAAAAGCUCAGGUUUUCCGUUUUCCCGCAACUCGGCUCCUUCCCUCCCCGUCCCCACUCUUUCACAGAAAGGGAGGAAGCUGAGGACAAAUUGGCAAUAGGAUUUCAUCUAGAGUGGAAAACGAUCUCAUUUCAUGGCGGCUCGACUUCAAUCGUUGCGUGCUGGUUAAGGUACGAUGAGCCUUGGGCGAUGCCUUCAUUCCUGGUUUGAGGAAACUAGGGUUUGUACUUUUGGGCUCGAGUUUACGCCAGAGAGAUGCGUUUGUUCGUGCUGAUUCGGAAUUGCUAAGGUUGAAAACCUGUUUCUGUAGAUUCUUUUUGUGUGCUUGGGGAAAACAUGCGCUCUUUUUUGCCGAGAUCUUCUUCAGCUAAAGAGCAUAAGAAUGGAGAGGGGAGCAGCGGAAGCAGAACGCAUCUCUACUUAAAUGUUUAUGAUCUCAGCCCCAUCAACAACUACCUCUAUUGGUUCGGAUUUGGGAUUUUCCACUCCGGGAUCGAAGUUCAUGGCAUGGAAUACGGCUUUGGAGCCCAUGACUACCCAACAAGUGGAGUUUUUGAAGUAGAACCAAGAGGCUGCCCUGGCUUUAUCUACAGACGGACCGUGUGGUUGGGCACCACUACCAUGCCCCAAGAUGAGUUCCGAUCAUUUAUCGAGCAACUUUCUCGAAAAUAUCAUGGCGACACUUACAAUUUGAUAGUGAAGAACUGCAAUCAUUUCACCAAUGAUGUUUGUAUGCAUCUCACUGGAAAGCCUGUUCCAGGAUGGGUGAAUCGGCUUGCCAGACUAGGUUCUUUAUGCAAUUGCCUUCUACCAGAAAACAUUCAUGUGACAACAGUCAGGCAUUUACCUGAUCACUCAGCAUUCUCGGAUGGAUCAGGCUCAUAUGCUUCAACCUUGGAAGUGAGUGAUGACGAGGAGGAACUGGAUCAUCACUUGCUAACAGCUUCCAGCAGUGAUCAACCACAUUCAAAAGAGAAACCAUUAAAGUUAGCAAGAGAGAAAUUUUGACACCGAACUUUCUCCCAGAAUGUAGUUCUUUUCUUGUCAAUGUUGUGCCUCCAUGUAUAAAUCAUGUCAGUUCGGCUCCUUCCUACCUUUUUUUCUUGAAGAUGACAGGCUUUGCCUGAAUCUUCUCUCUUCCUAGUUAGAGCCUGCAACAAGCUGCAGUUGUUGUGUUGGUGUUUUAAUUGCUUUAAUUGAUUUUGAUUUAGACUCCGUUUUCUUGUAAAGUCUAAAUACAGAAAAUUCUAUUUCUGUGCAUCCACAAGGGCAUGUUUAUUAUGCUAGUAGUGGUUUGGCUAAUGUCAAUGAUCAAAACUCUUUUUCAUUUUUA